AUGACUCGUCGAUUUCGGAUAGUGCUUGCUUUGUGUCUUGUUGCAACAACUAUUUGGUAUUUGACGGGAGAGGCAGCGGCUCCUAGUUAUCGUACCUAUUUGACAGAUCAGUUGACAACAACCUACUCUCGAAAUACGACGGAGCAUAUCAAUUUCUGGCGCCAGUUUCAAUCCCUCUUGGAGACACAUAAACCAACAUGCAACUCCCCAAAGCGUCUCGGAUAUGCAGCAGCUACCGGCUUCAAGUCAUCGGACGCAGGUCCUCGUCCUGACUUGCUAAAAAUGACGACUCGCGAUGUUCGGACAAUGAAAAAGGCACACGGAGACUUCGUUGAAGCCAUUGAACUCGAUCCACCCGCUCUUGCCUAUAUACCUGGGACCAAAGGCUUGGUCACUACAGCAGGCGGACCUUAUCUCCCCGUUUUGGUGAUCUCCUUGCGCAUGCUGCGCCGCACGGGCUCGAAAUUGCCGAUGGAGGUCUUCUUGGCCACACCAGACGAAUACGAGGAGUAUAUCUGUGACCAGGUCCUACCUUCGUUGAACGCACAAUGUGUUGUGCUGUCUGAUGUUAUGAAGGCAGUGCCGGGUACGACCGAGAUUGAAAAAUACCAGCUGAAGCCGUUCGCGAUGCUCUUUUCUUCAUUUGAAGAGAUUCUGUUUCUAGACGCGGACGCAUUUCCAAUUGCAAAGCCUGAGACCCUAUUCGAGCAAGAGCCAUUCCGGAGCACCAAGUUAAUCACUUGGCCAGAUUUCUGGGCAUCCUCUGCUUCUCCAUUCUACUACCAGAUUGCCUCGCAGAGCGUUCCAGCAAUGGAAUCCCGGCAAUCGACCGAAUCCGGCGAAGUGCUUAUUUCGAAAAGAACACACUUGCGAACACUCCUUCUUUGCACCUACUAUAACUUUUGGGGCCCGACACAUUACUACCGUCUGCUUUCCCAAGGAGCUGCCGGAGAGGGAGACAAAGAAACCUUCAUCAACGCCGCAAUGGCGGUUAACGAGCCAUUUUACCAAGUCAGCGAACCAAUAUGCGCAAUAGGUCACAGAACAGAAGGUGGUCUUGCAGGAUCUGCAAUGCUGCAGUUUGAUCCGAUUGAGGAUUACCAAAUGGCUCAGAAAAAGGAUGGGCGCGAUAAAGGGUCUUCGACUCCUACCCCCCGGGCUUUCUUCAUUCAUGCCAACUUCCCCAAAUUCAAUCCCGCGACCGUCUUUUCCAAGCAAGCGGUCAACCCUGCGUUCAACGACGAUGGAACUUAUACCCGUGCUUGGACGAUACCCGAGGACAAAAUCAAAGCUUUUGGGGCCGAUGUUGAGAAACAGUUUUGGGCGGAGAUCCUCUGGACAGGGUGUGAGCUAGAAAACAAAUUUGGAAGCUGGGUGAACAGAACAGAUAUAUGCAGUGGAGUAACAAAGUAUUGGACCGCUUUAUUUGGAACAGCGGAUCCAGCUCGAGUGUAA